AUGGGCAAAUCAGAAGAAGCAGGAGUCGUUGUUGACUCUCCCUCCGACGAUGUCGAUCUCUCCGCCAAAGAGGUGUUUGGGAAUGAAGCCCGUCUUGCUACCGAGAUCGAGCAUAGCAUGACCUUCUUCGAAGGCGUGAGGCUUUACCCUGCUGCCGUAGGAUGGUCUGCUUUCUUCUCGCUCGGUAUCAUAAUGACGGCCUUUGAUCCUCAGCUUCUUGGCAGCUUGUAUGCCGAGAGCGCGUUCCAGAAAGAUUUCGGUUAUCUCUUCGAGGGGAGCUAUAUCAUCAGUGCUCCCUGGCAAACUGCCUUGGGGAUGGGCAAUCCCAUCGGACAAGUAGUUGGCGCUGUCCUCGUCGGAUAUCCAAUGGAAUGGUGGGGUCGCAGGAAAACCUUCGCAGCCUGCGUGUCUCUCACAGCCUGUUUUGUCUUCAUGCAAUUCUUCACUCGCUCAAUCGUCGUUCUACUCGUCGGAGAACUCAUCGGUGGUCUCAUUCUGGGAACAUAUACGACAAUUGCCCCCACCUAUGCAUCCGAAGUCUGUCCCAUGGCAUUCCGAGGUCAUCUUACAGCUUAUAUCAAUCUCUGUUUUGUGACCGGACAGCUGCUUGCGAGUGGGGUUAUAGCAGGGACAUCCAAAUUGAACAAUCACUGGGCUUACAGUGCACCAUUCGCUCUGCAAUGGCUUUGGCCUAUCAUUAUCUUGGCUGGCAUGCCUUUUGCACCCGAGUCUCCGUGGUGGCUGAUUCGACAAGGAAGACUCGAGGAAGCAGAGAAAGCACUGAUUCGACUUUCAUCUCCUAGCAUCGAUAACAAGUUGACCUUAGCAAUGAUGAUCGAAACAGACAAGCUAGAGCUUGAGAUGCAAACAGGAACCACCUAUUGGGAUUGUUUCAACAAAGCCAAUUGGCGGAGAACAGAGAUAUCAAUCGGAGUAUAUGCCACUCAAGUUUUCAGCGGUAUUUACCUUGUUGGAUUCGCCGCACUUUUUUUCAAUCUAAUCGGACUCGACAACGACAAAUCCUUCGAUAUGAGCGUCGGCUUCCUAGCAGUAGGCUGGGUAUCCACCGUCGCAUCCUGGGUCGCCAUCUCAAAAUGGGGACGCCGACGAAUUUACAACAUCGGCCUUCUCGUGAUGACAAUCCUGAUGUUCAUCAUCGGAUUCUUGGAUCUUGCUCCUGACUACGCUCAACACAAGAGUAUUGUUUGGGCACAAUGUAUUCUAUUGAUAAUCUGGAAUGGUGUCUUCGACAUCUCCAUCGGUCCCGUAGCUUAUGUCCUCUUCUGCGAAGUCUCCGCUACAAAAGUCCGCACCAAAACUAUCGCUGUAGCUACUGCUGCGCAAGCAAUGGUUGGUAUCAUCAUGACGGUUGCUAUUCCCUACAUGAUAGAUCCCGAUUCCGCGAAUUGGAGAGGAAAGAUUGGAUUUUUCUUCGGUGGUUUGUCAGUGCUUUGUUUGAUCUGGGCAUAUUUCAGGAUCCCAGAAACGAAAGGGAGGACGUAUGAGGAGCUAGAUCUGAUGUUUGAGCGGAAAGUUAAGACAAGGGCGUUCAAACAUUAUAAGAUCAAAUAA